AACCCCCGCGCUCUCCCACCAAAACCAGAGGAGAGAGUCAGGAAACAAAGUCCACUCCUCAACCUCAUCUCUCCACCCUCUCAAACUGAAACCCCCUCAACCAAAAUGAAACCCCGCCUCUGGCACAAACUGUAAAUAACCCCAGUUCCAAGCCCCCUCUCUUUUGCACAAUUCCCCUCGGUAACGCACACAUCUUCGUAGAUAACCACGCCAUGAAGUUCUUGUUGGAGUUCGUGUCUUGCUGCGGGAUCGCACGCCCAGCAACAACAGGUGAGCAGGCUCCUCUCUCUGAGGAGACCAGCUCGCUUGUGCCGCGCCGAAUGCGCCGUCGCAGAAAGCGGGGAAGGCCCGGGAACUCGGGCUCCACGUCGCCGAAUUCGGUAGAGUGGAGGCCGUCGCUCACCUCGAUUUCCGAGGACAACGUAGUUGCGAUGGUGGUGGAUCGGACGGCCGAGGUUGAGCGAGCCAUGAAGAGGAAGAGCGGCCAGAGUCGGACGAUAGCUCAGGUCCGCAGCCACGGCGAGGAUUACGGGCAAGCUUCACUUACGACGGCGAUUCCGGCUUUCUCUCCGACGCCGUUUAUGUUUUGAUGGGAUUAAAUUAACAGUCAGCUAUUGUUGAUGCUCGAAAUUGGGUGAGAGAGAGAGAGAGAGAGUGUGUGGGUGUGUGUAUAUGAAGUUUUAGGAAAAUAACAAUUAAGUACAUGUUGAAAGUUUCUUGUGUUGUGUACCCUCGUACUCAAUUAGUGCAAUUGUAUAUUUUCCACCAUUGUUAUUAAGUUUUCAUUUUCUCUC